AUGUCGAAGCAAGAAGAUAUGAAGUUAUCUUUAAUGACAUGUUCUGUUCUGGAUUAUUUGGGAUUCAGCAAGAAACAGAUUAUGUUACGAUCAAAUUUGGUGGAAGGGAAUUUCAUUUCACCGACACAAGCACUCUAUUCAAAAGCUUUACUAGUUGGAAGCUCGGGUGAAGGGGUUGAACUGGCCGAUAGUGAUUAUGACUGUAUGUUUAUAUUGUCAGAUGUAAUCUGUGUAGAUGAAGGAUGUGAUAAUGAUGGUGAGUUAAUCAUUCUUGGAACUGAUUAUUCUAAAACUGCGCCAGGUUAUACUAAAGUGGUGUCAAUAUCAAUGUCUGAUAAAUGUGUUUGUUCCUUGCAAUUCAAACAAUGUUGUACGUAUGAUAUUCUCGAGAAAGGUAAAUUAAUAUCGAGUGAAAAACUGAGGGAUUUUUAUGCUACUAUAGCUGCUAAUUGUCAGACAUUUGGCAUUUAUAUAACUCAAAAUGGACCUGCUACGACAUCAUCGGAUUUUUUGUCGGAUUGUGACUUUGUUCAAUCUGUACAGUUUUAUGGAGGCAAUUAUUUACGGAAGUGGAAAGAACGGGUAAAAAACUACGAAUGGCCUUCCCUCGAAAUUUCAAAAGAAGUUUCUGAAAUGGAAGGAUAUGUUGUUCCUAUCGGCGACAAACAAAGUGAUAUGCAAGCAUUUGAAUGGAGGAUAUGUUAUACUACUGCCGAAAAAAAAUUAGUGUUAAGUCUUUCUGACACUCAAAUCAAGGCAUAUGUCCUACUGAAGAUAAUGGCUAAAUCACGUUUAAAACCUAAGU